UCCCUGGUUUGGAGCCGUUGGGGAGCGUUCAUCAGCUCGACUUUUGCGCUAAACUGCGCCGAGUAUGAGAUCUAUAAAUCAUGAAACCGAUAUUUUCACCUAUCAAACAGGUGAGAAAUCGAUGCCCGCAUUAACGGUUAACGCAAAAGUCACGCAAAAUACGUAAAAUUUCGGAAAUAUCCUCCGUGUCAGAGCGCAUUUAGACCAGACGCCCACGUUAAUGGUUCAGGAAAUUCACAGUGAUCGCUGUCCAGCAGCCGAUGAACUUCCUGAUUUCGGUCAGUUGAUUGUCAGCAGCAGCGGCCCGUAACGUCAACAUGCCGUCGGUUAUUGACUCGCUUGAAUCCGGACUGGACUUCAUUGGAUAUCUGGGAGACAGAAUAUCCAACAACAGCAAAAAGGAACUUCGGGAAAUCUACAACUCUGAAUUUAAGGGCAGAGAGGGAAUAAAACAUCCUAGCUUUUCCAGUGUCAUCUAUGCUCUUCUGAAAUUCAACAAAGCCCACAUAAAACAUGGAAAAAUCUACAUCAAUGUCAAACCUCAGGUUCGAGUGUACUGUGACCAGUGGAGGAAGCCCCGGGCCCCUCAGCCGCACAGUCCCAGCUCUGGCCCUCAGAAAACAGCUGAGACACCUGCGCCCUCCUCUGUUCCCUCCACCCCGGUGAACCCUGUGCUGACCCCUAAGAAAAAGCUGGCUACAGAAGUCCUUAAGAAGUUAAAAGCUAACAGGAAAGAGUUGACAGCUGACAAGGGGGGCAUUGAGAUCACCUCUGACCCCGUGGCGAGCGGUGGCAAGGUUCAGAUCACAAUGGACCGUCUGAAGGAGUUGUUCAUCGUCAGGUUCCACAUCGUGAACAAGGGAGCCGACUGCAUCCACUUCACCUACUACACCGCCCUGCACAAUAUGCGCUGUUUCACUCUGGAGGACGAGAGGAGAGUCACCAGAGCCUGUCCGCUGUUCCUCUGUCCUGGGGAAAGCUAUGAGAUUUUGGUCCGCUACAAGCUGUACCACUAUGGAUAUUUUCCUGCCACAAUGUACUUUGAGUUCUGCCCGGAUCUACCAGCAUCUGUGCCCUUCUGCAUCGUGAGGGAGAUGGAAGCUGCAGCCAGGACUCCGCUGGCUGUGGAGCUGGGGCCUGUGGCUCCUUACAAACCAUUUCAGGUGGUCACACGCAAGCCCGUUGACACUGUGAUAGUGGAGGGAGUGCCUCCCGAGAGUUCUGUUGUCCAGCAUCUAAAGAUGAAAUUAGGAGACUACAAGUACCCUCGUUACCUAAAGGAACUGGCUAAACAAAGGAUGGAGGACUCUGAGUAUCUCUCUGCAGCUGCCAGACAGAACCUGGCAUCAGUGAAGGGUCUCCUCCACUCUCCCUUACAGAUGAAGAACUACCUUCAUCGAUUUCACCUCCUGCUACACCUGGAGGAGAUACAGAUGGAGGUGGACAUUAGGAAGUAUGACCUCCACAGUCAAACCAUGACUCAAGACAAGAGCAACAAAAAGCUGCUUGCACUUAGAGUACCUGGUGUGGCUGAGAAUCGGCCAUCCGUACUUCGAGGAGAUUGUCUGAGGGUGUCCAAAUCUGAAGACACGGUCCAGCCGAUCACUGUGUACACAGGAUAUGUGCACAGAGUAGAGCUAGACAGUGUGAAGCUCGGCUUCUCACGGAGGUUGUUGCAAUUUUUCCUUAGCAAUAUGAAGUUUGAAGUGGAGUUUACGAUCAACCGAUACCCCUUGAGGCUGCAGCAUCGGGCGAUGGACUUGGCAGCAAAACAUAAGCUCGGAGAUGUGCUGUUUCCAUCUGGUGCAGCAGUGACUAAUAUCCCCAUGCCUAAACUCAGGAUGUUCAACCGUCAGCUGGAAAACAACCCGGAGCAACAGGCUGCGGUCCAGCGCAUUGUAGCCGGAUCAUCAAAACCUGCUCCUCAUCUUGUGUUCGGGCCUCCUGGAACUGGAAAGACGAUUACACUGGUGGAAGCCAUGAAUCAGGUCAGCAGAGCAGAUCCAUCAGCCCGCAUCCUGGCCUGUGCACCUUCAAACAGUGCAUGUGACUUGCUCUGUGAGAGACUGAUGGUACACAUGGAUCCUUAUCAGGUUUAUCGUGUGUACGCCAGCAGCCGUGACCCAAGGACCGUCCCCCAGCAACUACUGAAACAUUGUAACUGGGACCAGAGACAAGACGCCUUUGUGCUCCCAGAUACGGAGAUUCUGAUGAAAUACACGAUCCUAGUUACAACUAUGGUCACAGCUGGCAGACUUGUGUCUGGAGGAAUCCCCGUUGGCCAUUUUAACUAUGUGUUUGUGGAUGAAGCAGGACAGGCAGUGGAGCCAGAGUGCGUCAUUGCUAUUGCAGGUCUGCUCAAUCCUGAGAAAGGUCAGUUGGUGCUGGCAGGAGAUCCCAAGCAGCUGGGACCGAUCCUUCGAUCACCUCUUGCAAUGCAAUAUGAACUCGGGCUUUCUCUGCUGGAGAGGCUGAUGAAACAGAACACUUUAUAUCAGAAGACUACAGACUCUGGCCACUUUGACGGCCGCUUUGUCACAAAACUGCUGCGAAACUACAGGUCUCACGUGGCCAUUCUGAAAAUCCCCAACGAGCUGUUUUAUGAGAAUGAACUGCAGGUAUUCGCUGACCAGUGGGAGCGCGAGGCUUACUGCAACUGGGAAUACCUUCCCAAAAAGGGCUUCCCAGUGAUCUUCCACGGGGUGAUGGGGAAAGACGAGAGAGAGGCCAACAGUCCGUCUUUCUUCAACGUGUCCGAGAUUGAAAUUCUGGUCGACUACCUCACCAAGCUGAUGGAAACGCAAGGAAAGAAGGGUAUCCCCAAACUCACUGCAAAAGACAUCGGCAUAAUCGCCCCCUACCGGAAACAAGUUGAGAAAAUCCAAAAGGCUCUGAAGUCUGUCUCAGCGUUGAGUAGAUGGAACGAUCUCAAAGAGCUCAAGGUGGGGUCUGUGGAGGAGUUUCAGGGACAAGAGAGGAAGAUCAUCAUGGUUUCUACCGUCCGCAGUAGCAUCAACUAUGUCAAGAUGGACGAAGACUUCAACAUUGGUUUCCUGUCAAAUGAAAAGAGAUUCAAUGUGGCCGUGACAAGAGCCAGAUCCUUGCUGAUAGUCGUGGGAAAUCCUGUGAUCCUCAACAAGGAUCCCACCUGGGAGAAGUUCAUCAGCUACUGUGUGCAGGAGAGGGGUUACACUGGAUUUGACUUUAAAGAUGCAGAAGGAGAAGACGAUAUUGUGUCAAGACUGGCAAACCUGAAAAUCAACGUGGAUUCUGGAAGUCCUCUGGCAGAGGAGAGUGCCCUCCAGCAGUACGUGAAUCCAGAAUGGAAAAAUGAGCAUUAAUAUCUUCUUUAGACAACAAACACAAAAUGAAGAAGUGUUUGCAGUGUCAACCACAAAAGACCAUUAGAUACAAGAUGUGUAGCAAGUGUCAGAACUUCAUUUUUUCUCUCUUUGUGCUUUAAACACAACAUUGGCAUUAAUUAUUUGAUUAUCCUCUCCUUAUGAGCCUUUCUAGGAAAAAUUUGCAUAUUUUGGUGCAAUAAACAGUGCUUUGUUUUUGAUGACAAUGCCGAAAUGAACCAUUGCAUCUUUUGGAAUAUACCUUUCAAUUUCUCUGCUCAGUGUCCUUAAAUAAAGCUGUCGUUUACAGCAAGUUCAUUUAACAUGAAGAUUGCUGCACAUGAGCAAUCGAUUUUCUGGGUUAGACAAUAAAGAGCGACUGUUCUAUUUCUCAGGAAUUUAUCACCAUGUCUUAUUGCUGUUUGCACUUUACAAGUCUGUGUCUCUUUUUAACUCAUUUAUUCUUUCUAACAGCAGUUGAGGACUGAAAAAAUAAACUUUUGAACCGUA